AUGGAUCUCUCUGCCAGCAUCACUCUUCUCUUGACUAUUUUCUGCUACAUGUGGAAUAUUGAAUCUCAAUGGUUUUCUUCCAUGCUCAGUGUGCCAAAUGCAGGUCCCUGGGGUGAUUGGGGUCCAGCUUCAUUUUGCUCUAAUGGCUAUGCUAAUGGAUUCUCCCUGAAGGUGGAAAAAGCCCAAUUGCUAGGUGACAAUACAGCUGUGAAUGGAAUCCGCUUGUACUGUAAUGAUAGCACAGAAAUUGAGUCUAGAGUUGGACCGUGGGGAACCUGGACCACACAAUUAUUCUGUCCUAAAGGCUACCUGGUUUCUUUUUCUCUGAAAGUGGAAUCACAUCAAAAAAUACUUGAUGAUACAGCAGUUAACAACAUUCAGUUCAAAUGCAGUGGUGGUGCUAACCUGAUAGGCUUUGGCACUAAAUGGGGUCAAUUUGGCCCAUGGAGCGAUAGCUGCUCAGUUGGUAUAUGUGGGUUUAUAACAAGGGUGCAGGAUAAACAGGGCAUUGGUGAUGAUGACACAGCACUCAAUGAUGUGCUUUUUUACUGCUGUUAA